AUGAAGGAAGAUUCCUUUUCAAACUUCAUGUCCUACCAUUGUAUUAUCCACCAGGAAAUUCUGUGUUGUAAAAUUUUGCCAUUUGAACACGUCAUGAAAAUAGUUACAAAAAUAAUCAAUUCUAUUCGAGCAGUUCCUUUGCAACACCGACUUUUUAAGGCCCUGUUAGAAGGUACUGAAGAUAAAGAAAAUUAUCUUAUUCUGCAUACUGAAGUACGUUGGCUCAGUAAAGGAAAGGUUCUUACAAGAUUUGUGAGUUUAAUUGAAGAAAUAAAAACAUUUAUAAACAAUAGAAGGGAAAAUUAUGAUGAACUAGCUGACUCUGGCUGGCUGAUUGAUUUGGGAUUUCUCACAGACAUCAUGGAAAAAUUGAAUUCUUUAAAUUUGGAGUUGCAGAGUAAAGACAAAAGCUUAGCUGAAAUGAUAAGCUCUGUAAAGUCAUUUAAAGCUAUAUUGGAGUUGUUGAUAUCAAAUCUGCAGAUCAAUUCUCUAGUGCAUUUUGCACAUAUGAAGAAAAUGCUAGGCGAUAAUGAAUUAAAUGGGACAUUAUUUAUUAAGCAUCUUCAAUAG